UUAAACACCAGUUGCGCGCGGUUUCUCUAAGGAGCCAUUCGGCGUCCGCGUCAAACGAGAAAAACACGCACCAUAGCUAAUAGAGAAUACAAAUCAAAUUUCGAACGUUCGCGUUCUAAAUUUGAAAAUUUAUUUGUAUUUCUUUUAUUUUUUAAGGCGUUUUAGGGGUUUAAAAUGAGGAGCGGGUGGCCAGUGUUGGUGGUAUACGUGUUUGUGUGCCUUCAGUGCAGUUUGCAGUUGAUACCGUUACCGGACUUCAUCCAUCCCUGCUCGGAACUAUCAGACGAAUGCUUCACCCAGGCCACACUGGAUGCCAUCCCCGGGCUGGUGAAGGGCAUCCCGGAGGCGAAUAUCCCGUCGCUGGACCCGCUGUACCUGGACAAGAACAUCAGCAUGAAUCUGCCCGGGAACGUCAAGAUGACCUUCCAUAAUGGCAGGCUGAUCGGGCUCAGUACGUGCGUGCCGCUUAAAGUUUCGUCUCGCCGGGAGACCCGCAAGUUCAUCUUCGACAUCCGCUGCAACUUCACCAUCAAGGGCCACUACAGUCUGCAGGGCAGGAUCCUGCUCUUCAACCUCGACACCGACGGCAACGCCAAGAUCAAAAUAUGGAACCAGCGUAUCCGCCUGGAGGUAUUAGAAAAGGUUGUGAUGGACAAAACUACGGGCGAGGGGCAUUACAAGAUCAACUCGUACAAGUACAAAGCUGACUACGGCACAGACCUCAAACUCAACCUCACUAACUUAUUCCGAGGAAGCGCUGAAAUCAGUGCAAACAUCCUGCAAGUCCUGAACCAGAACUCGCAGCUGGUGGCGCAGGAGUUCGGCGCCCCGAUCCUCGAGUACGCCAUCGACUACGCCAUGAAUGUGACGCAGCGCUUCUUCAGCGCCUACACUUACGAGCAGAUCUCACACGUACCCAUCACGCCUGAAUUCUUCGAGAAGGAAAAGAAAUAAAGUAAUAUAAAGCGUAGCAUAUAUAUACCUACUAUUUACACGAUUAGAGAACCGUACAAAAUAUGGGGCCGCAAAUACCACGAGGCUGCUUGCUGACAAAUCUGUAGGGCUAAUAUGGUCGGCUCUUUAUCAUUUGUCACCAUGCCGAUCACUUUCUCACAAAUAUGUAAGUGUGAAAGUGACGCAUGGCAUGACAGGUGAUAAAAAUACGACCAUGAUAGGUACCGCUACUGGCGUAUAUAUUCGUAUUCGUAAACACUGAGCUUAAGUAUAGUAAAAGUUAAAAGGUUCCGUGUAAUACUUUGGGGUAGUAAGAAUUUAAAAAUCUUGUGGUUUUGAUAUUCCUUGUACACUAUUUUCGCUGAUGCUUGCAAUCAAUUGCGGCGAAAUCUCUGUUUGACUUAUGGUUAAUAUUUCGCACUGUCUAGAAACAUGCACAUGAAAAAAUAUUAUUUCUAAGAUAUACUUACGUGUAGGUAUAAAUUUCUGUCAAAUUCCCCUGUCUUUUAAUCGCUUAUCAGGUGUUUUCGUAAUUUUGGUACAAUUUAACAGCAAACAGCAAUUCUUUUUGUACAUGGGAUAUAAAGAAAUUUGCUCAAUAUGUUUUACUUGAACGAUGACCUAACCUAACAUGUUUGUCUUACCUAGGUUUCUAAAGUGUUUGUGUGAUAUUUAAGUUUGCUAAUAUAAUUUAUUUUUAUAUUGUUUUUAUACUUUGUGGUACAAUGCAGUGGUUUCAAAUCCGCCGAUGCUUUUUUGAUACGAUUGUUAAUAAAUUGGUGUACCUGCUUACAUUUUGAAUACAUAUUUUA